CUUAUAAUCACAGAUACUUCCCAGUUUGGGUAUGAUGCUGAUCUAAAGCUGAUGGGUCUGUGUACACUGGAAGAGGUGGGGCUCAUGGGUAAUGCAGCAUCAGAGAAAGGAAUUGCUUAUGUAACUGGGACAGCAGAUUUAGCAGAAGGAAAGGAGGCAGAGGGCUGGGAUGGGAGCAGUGAGCUGUCGGCAGGGACAACACACCCGGGUGUCUGCUCCUCAAAAGGGUGGCAACAUCCAGGGUCACUGUGCUCGAGGCUGGAAGAGCCUCUGGUGUGGUAUGGGGACCAUCAGGUCAGGUCUGGAAGAACUAUGGGAACUACAGAGACAUCAGUGCCAACGUCAGGAGCUCCUCCAGCCAGCCCCACUGCUACUAGAGAAACCUCUGUCAGAGUGGCCAGUGCCUCAGUUCAUCAGCCUCUUUCUACCAGAGUUUCCCAUGAGGCCUGUUAGGGAACAGCAGGAACUGAAGAUUUUAGGCCUUGUGGCUAAGGGUUCAUUUGGAACUGUCCUGAAAGUGCUAGAUUGUGCCCAGAAAGCUGUAUUUGCAGUGAAGGUGGUGUCCAAAGUAAAGGUUCUACAGCAGGAUACCCUGAGGCAGUGCAAAGAGGAGGUUAGCAUCCAGCGGCAGAUCAACCAUCCUUUUGUACACAGUUUGGGGGACAGCUGGCAGGGGAAACGACACCUCUUUAUUAUGUGUAGCUACUGCAGCAUGGAUCUCUACUCCCUGUGGUCUGCUGUUGGUUGUUUUCCAGAGGAUUCUAUCCGUCUCUUUGCAGCUGAACUGGUCCUUGUACUGUGCUAUCUCCAUGACUUGGGUAUCAUCCAUCGUGAUGUAAAGAUGGAGAAUAUCCUGCUGGAUGAACGAGGUCAUCUGAAAGUGACAGACUUUGGUCUGUCUCGCCGCCUAUCCCAGGGAGCACGAGCCUAUACUAUUUGCGGCACUCUUCAAUACAUGGCCCCAGAGGUCCUGAGUGGUGGGCCUUACAACCACACUGCUGACUGGUGGUCCCUGGGAGUAUUGCUUUUCUCUCUGGCAACUGGUAAGUUCCCAGUGGCUGCAGAGAGAGAUCAUGUGACCAUGUUGGCAAGCGUGACCCACUGUGAAUCUGAGAUCCCAGCGUCUAUUAAUCAGGAGCUCUCACUCCUGCUCCAUGAGCUCUUAUGCCAGAACCCUCUGCACCGUCUACGAUAUCUGCAUCACUUCCAGGUCCACCCUUUCUUUCGGGGUGUGGCCUUUGACCCUGAGCUCCUACAGAAGCAGCCAGUGAACUUUGUCAUGGAGACACAAGAUACCUGGCCCAGGCCAUUGGAGUUCAUGUCCUUUGAGGACUUUGACUGUGAUCUGGAGUCCUUGGUCCACUCUAUCUCUACUGAUUCUCUACUGUAGAUAGGCAGCCAGACAGAAACCACUCAGUAUCACCACUAUGAAGAUCCAAUUUCUACUUUGUUAUUCCUUACUGUUCUGUUGUAGGUAAUGGGCCAGAGUUUAAUUUUUGGCAUUCUGCAACUAAUAGCCAAAACUGCCCCUAAUGCUUUCCUAUCACACAACCCACCUCUCAAUUGUGGGUCAAGGCAAUGACCUUCACUUCUCCAAUACUUUUACUUGAGCUGCCAAACAAAGGCUUCUUGAACUUUACCUUAUCUAUGUUUUUCUACCAUACUUCCUUUCUUGGGCAAUAAUGACACUCUGUGGACUCCCUAGGUACUAUUUAUAUGUUUUAACAAGUCAGAUGCCAGGUGAUAGUGGUGGCACAUGUUUUUAAUCCCUGCACUGGGGACACAGAGGCAGGUAGAUCUCUGAGUUUGAGCCCAGCCUGGUCUACAGAGUGAGUUCCAGGAUACUCAUGGAUGCACAGAGAAACUGGGGGGAAAAAAAGUCACAAGGAUUAUUAAAUUGAUCAUUUCUGCCGUACAACCCAA